GCAUAUGGUUCUAUGCACAAAAUCAUCUAAGGUGGCUGUAGAAAUCAGAGCAGCAACCAAAUUUUUGGCGAGUUGGCUUUUUUCGUGGAAAAAUGGCUGAAGAAAGUGAUUUAAUGGAGCUUAUAAAUCGGGCAAUAUCGUGUGAACACCCACAGGUUUACGGUGCAGUAAAUUUAAAUCGACUUCGAGAAGUUUUGUGUCUCUUGGUGUUGGCCCAAAAGGCCGGCGGGGAAAAUCCGUCCAAUGCGCAUCACUUGAAUGAAUCAACCGAGAAGGAUAACGAAGUGGCAAGAAACCACUCUGAAGUAGAUAUAACAAGCGAUUCAUGUCAAAAUGUUGAUAAUCUUCCACCAUCGAGCGAACAAAGCGAAAAUGAAGAGGAAAUCAAUGUGAAUGAUUCUCCAACUCGAUCGCCCUCGCCAGAAGACAAAGACCAAGCGACUGGAGAACAGUGGCAAAAUGUAUUGUUUGAAAUUGAAAAAAUUGCAUGUCAGAUGAAUGAAAUCAGUGAACGUGUCAAUAAAAUUGAAACCAAGUGGCAACCCAUGAAAUGUACAUGUUUGGCCGAUUGUGGUGCUACUGCAGACGAUGAGAAUAUAAGCCCAUCGCAGAGUAAUGUAUCCUUCUCAGAAAACAACCCAUCUACUCAAGUGAACGACGCAAACGAACCGAUCUUUGAAGUUGGUCAAAAAAAGACAGUGAACGAUAUUGAUGGCUUACCAGCGCCGCGUGAAGCAUCACCAUCAGAAGCAACAGAUGGAAAUGAACCUGCCGCACUGCAGUCAACCUCAGAUCAGUCGGUCGUGUCUUGCAAAGACGGUAAAAACAACAAUUCGCCACUACCGACCACUGAUAUUGUUAUGGAGCAGGAUCAGGAAGGUGUAAAUUGUAUACAGGAAAAUGAUGAAAAAUCGACGCUGCCGGCAUCAAAUGGCACACAAAACGAGAAAAGAAAAGAGAGAGCUAUCUUUUGUGACAACUUUGAACAACUUGUGGCGAUUGUUGAAUUUUUGCUGGAACGAGAGAAAAUGUUCUCCGAACGACUGGGUAAGGUGGAAGCAAUGGUUACCUUGUGCACGGACGAGUUACCCAACCGCCUGGAGGAAGAAGAUGGCAAAAUUCCACCGUCUAUGGGCUGGGAAGCCAAAUCACCUGUACAGAACUCAAUACAGGAUCCUUGUACUGUGAAAAUUGUUCCCGAAACAGUGGCGGAGCAAAACAAUCUCAAAAGAGAAGCAGUGGCAUCGAGCAUACACACAAAAGUGGACGAAAUCGAAAACGAGCUGGGUUUUCUAAAAGCAACAUUAAAUAAUUUGAACAUUGCCGCUGGCGGAAAAUUAGGUGCCGAAGUUAAAAAUCAUGUACACUGUAUAUCCUGCAACUGUGCCGCUGCUAUGGAAGUGUUUGAGACACCCAUUCCCCAACCGAUUCCCUUUCAUGUGAAACGCUGCUUGAAGCCGGUUCUACGCAGACAGCUGGAUUCGUUAAGGAAGGAGUUAAAAGAUUCGGUCGGUGCUCCAGUAGACAUGGAACCGUAUUGGCAACUUUUAAAGAAACCCAAUUCGUUACGAUCGAAAUGAAAUGUAAGCGUUUUUGCGCGGAAAACCAAACGAAGAAAGUGAAGUGUGACAAAUUAGUCUGAAGUGUGUGCGUUUUGGUGGGAUGUGCGUUUCGGUUCUUAAAAUUUACGCAAUGAUAACUGAAUCAGUCGAACAAAACGAACAAAAUGAAUAUUUUUUCCACAGAAACUUUUUAUGAAGACAUGUAGGAAAAUAUAGUUGGAUUCCUUUAUUUUAAAAA